AUGUGUGGUGAAGUCUCAGAUUUGUCUGGGUCCAAAUUAGAUGGCUCAGGCAACAAUGAUACAGACAAAGAUGUGGUAUCUGAUGAGUCGGGACAGUCGGCUUGGGAUAGUAUGUCAAGAGCUCAAGAAGAAGACGAAUUGUUAGGUCGUGCCGAUGACAACCUUGGUCUAUCAUAUGAGACCAAUUCCAAUGAUACCACAAGUUAUGGUGAAUUUCAUACGGCUGUUGAGUGUCCUAACGAAUCCGAGGAAGGAAACAGUGUCUCUCACGAGAGUUCUGGAGAUUCCAAAAAAGGUCGUAUUAAUACCAGUCAGUCAUCUGUGGCCAUUGAGGAUGUUGACCCGUUUGAGGGCGUUACUUCUGCAGCUACAAGAGAAGAAAACAAGAAGGCCAUUUCCCCUAUAGAGUGGGAUAGAGUUUCUGACGAGGAAAGCGAAAAUAGAGAUGAGCUUCAUGUCGACGCCCCAGGGGACGAAUUUUCAAAAGAAGAGGAGGCUCAAAAUGUCGUAGUCCGAUCUCCUGGUGUCAAGAAGUCUACCGAAGUGUCACGCAAAGAAAGUUCUCUGCCUGAUUACCGUCACCUUUUCCGGUCAGCAAAAUAUUUUAUGAUAAAAAGCAAUAACUUUGAAAACGUAGAAAUAGCUAAGUCUCGUAACGUCUGGGCUACCACGAAGGGCAACGAAACAAGGCUCAACAAAGCCUUCUUUGACUACUCAAAUGUGUUGUUAAUAUUUUCCGUUCGUGAAAGUGGGCACUUCCAAGGCUUUGCUCGUAUCAUGGCAUCUUCAGACCCCCGAAUUAAGGUUGAUUGGGUGCUAUCUUCACGCAUGAAUAGUGGACUAAUAAGCAACCCUUUCCGGAUUAAAUGGAUAUCCAAAUUUGACGUCCCCUUUACAAAAACAGGGCAUCUGUUGAAUGCCUGGAACGAAGAUAAACCUGUUAAAAUUGGAAGAGAUGGUCAGGAAAUUGAGCCAACAUGUGGUGAAGCACUCUGCCGUCUGAUGCUUGGUGAUGGAUCUGGAGAUGAGUCGAAACAUCUUAAUACUGUUCAAACGAUUGGUGAAAGAACUAGUCGUCGGAAUGCUUUUGAAAGACUUGGAAAAGUUGUUGGACGUGUUGGCCAAAAUAACCAUAAUGGUUCACGUGUUGGUGGCGCAGGCGGUCAAGCCAAUGUUGGACUUUUGGGAGAUGCUAAUGUUGGAAAUCAACGGUAUUUGACUUCCACAGAGAGAAGAAGUUUAAUGAGUUUCCCUCCUAUGACGCCAUUACUUAAUGCUAGUGGUUCAAGUUUGUCUUCGUCAGGAGCUGCACCGCUGCUGCAAGUAAACGCAGCUGCUGCGGCUAUGGCAGCAGCUGCAGCGAUGGCUGCGAUCAAAUCGUCAGGAACGCAAUCAGUCAAUUCUCAAACCCGUAGUGGAACAUCUAAUCUCAAUCCUACAAUGAGUUCCAGAUUGCCAGUGCAACCUCCCACCCUUCCUAACAUAUUUUCAAAUUAUCCAACUCCCAGUGGUUCUCUAUCACGUCUAAAUGCAUCAAAUUCCUCAAAUACUACUCUGCUACCUUUCCUUCAGCAGCAGCAACUUCGUAUUUCUGGGUCGGCAGCAAGCGCUGCUGCGGGGGCUGCUCUUUCUCAGGCAUUGCAGCAAGCUCGUGGUUUGCCUAAUCCAUGUAUGGUGACGCGGUCUGGGAUGGCAAUCAAUCCUGCAGUAAACAACGUGCCUUUAGAUGCUCGAGCUAAAAGAAGUCGUUCAUGCUCUACCAGCGAUAGCGUAUCUUGCAGUUACGCUCGUGAACGUAAUCCAAGGCACCGAAGAACUGAUGACUAUGCAGUACCGGGGUCCCCGCGAUUUGACUCAAGUCGACGGAACUCAAACUCUCCGAGACGGCGUGAAACAAACUCAAGGCGUGGGGGCUACGAAAGACCUCGCGGAAAUAGAAGUCGUAGUCGGUCUGGCACUCUUCCCAUCGACCGUAACCUGCUGAUGACUUGGGAUUACGAUGACUAUGUUCAACAAGUUAGCCGUGGUAUGCGACCGAACAUACUCAAUCCACAAGUUGCACGUGCAGGAGGUUCAAGUGCUUAUCCUCAAGAUGUGCAAAGUCAUGAAAACGACCUCAGAUAUGAAGAAAAGGUGGAUGCCUUUCUGCGAGGAAUUGGAUCACGGACGAGAGCUGAAGUGUAUGAUCAUCAUCAUCAUUCUCGCAGUCCUAGCCGUAGCUGUUCAUAUAGUCCACCUCCACCGCCAACCCGUCGACGUGAAUAUUAUCGGGGCUCGUCCUCCUUCUCCAGAUCUAGAUCCCCAUCGGUACCCAAUAUUCCUGUAUCGAAAGUUAGACGCGUAGAUCCAGACUCGGAGGCCUAUCGACGUCGCCUUCCACCACAAUACGUGUCUCCUCGUGCAAGAAAACGUACGGACUCCCGUAGCCGUUCUCCUAGGAGUUGUGGUCGAGAGGCUCCUACGCAAUGGAGAAGACCUCCUCAAGCUUCUGUAGCUCAUUCAAGUGACGAUCUCCUCGGGGAGGUUCAAGAACGCACACUGCAAGCAGUCGUCAUUACAAAUGAUUUGUUAAUGUGCACUCAGUCAACAAUAACUUCAAUAUUUUCAUUUCCUUUUAUUUAUGUACAGAUAGUGCAAUUAAAUAAAGUGAUAUGCACAAAUAAUUUCAAAUAUUUUGUUUUUAAUAUAUUCCACACUCGACUGUAA